UAUUGGACGCAGCCAAGGGUUGGACUCCCGCCGCGUGUUCAUCUAACGCAGGGAGCGCGUUUGGACAGUUGCUUCUCGUUGCGCGCUGGAUAUGGAUCAGGACGCAGCGCGCCUCCCUGCUCUCUCCCACGGACAGGCUGCACUCUGCUGCGCAUAAAAAAAUUUAAAAAAGCCCAAAUGAACCACCGCCCUCCCGGCUCCCCCGGCGUGCAAUGGCUUAACAGGAGAGACAUGAGUGUCCGGACGGAGGACGGCAUCACCUUGUGCCAAAGGGCUCUCCAAAUCAUUACGGAACUUUGUCUCGCGGGACACGUAGACCAGGAGAAAUGUUCGGAUAUAUUUCCCCUGGAGAGCAGCAUACCAGGUAAAGGACACGCAGACAUCUCUAUUAGUCUCCUUGCUGUGGUCGUGGGUUUCUGUGGCCUCGCCCUGUUGGUAGUCUCUCUCUUUGUCUUUUGGAAGCUGUGCUGGCCCAUUUGGAGGAGCAAGGCUCUGUCGGCCCACGCCGAAAAUGGCCUCCACGUUGGUUUCCCCGUGGCGCCUCCGCCCGGCUCCCCGCCGGUCACCGAGUGCAAAGCGCCAGAGUUGGAGAAGAAGUACCCGCUGGAAGUGAAGGCGAAUGGACGGAGCACUGUCAAGCUCCUGGAGGCGGCCAUGAAGAUCAGCCAGACGUCUCCGGACAUCCCCGCCGAGGUGCAGACAGCCCUGAGGGAGAAGCUCUGCCAGCAGGCUAAGAUCCAGAGGCAGACCACAGAGCCAACCUCCUCCUCCAGGCACAAUUCAUUCCGGCGCCACCUGCCUCGUCAGAUGAAUGUCACCAGCUUUGACUUCAGCAUGGACACGGUGCCUCUCCGCCAGUCUUCUACGGUGAGCAUUGGAAGAAUAAAACCCGAACUUUACAAGCAGAAAUCUGUGGACUCGGAGGAUGGAGCCAAAGAGCCCGUGGAGACUUGCGGAAAGCUCAGCUUCUCGCUGUGUUACGACUACGAGGAGCAAGCUUUGGUGGUGACAAUCCUCAAGGCCUUGGACCUGCCUGCCAAAGACUUCUCGGGCACCUCCGACCCGUACGUGAAGAUCUACCUGCUGCCGGAGAGGAAGAAGAAGUACCAGACGCGAGUCCACCGCAAGAAUCUGAACCCCAUGUUUGACGAGACCUUCUGCUUCCCCGUGGUGUACGAUGAGAUCUGCAACCGCAAGCUGCACUUCAGCGUCUACGACUUCGACCGCUUCACCAGCCACGAUAUGAUCGGCGAGGUGGUGGUGGACAACCUCUUUGAACUCUCUGAUCUUUCCAGGGAGGCCGUGGUGUGGAAGGAUAUUCAUGCAGCGACUACAGAGAGUAUUGACCUGGGAGAGAUCAUGUACUCGCUGUGCUACCUCCCCACAGCAGGAAGAAUGACCCUAACGGUCAUCAAAUGCAGAAACCUCAAAGCCAUGGACAUCACAGGCUCUUCAGACCCUUACGUGAAGGUGUACCUGAUAUGUGAUGGACGGAGGUUAAAGAAGCGAAAAACAACCACCAAGAAGAGCACGCUCAACCCGGUGUACAACGAGGCCAUCAUCUUCGACAUUCCCCCGGAGAACGUGGAACAAGUCAGUCUGUCCAUCAUGGUGAUGGAUUAUGAUCGAGUUGGACACAAUGAGGUGAUCGGCGUGUGUCGCACCGGGCCAGAUGCCGAGGGUCUUGGACGAGAUCACUGGAACGAAAUGUUGGCUUACCCGCGGAAGCCCAUCACUCACUGGCACGCUCUGGGAGAGGAAAACACAGUGGCCUGGAAGAGCAGCAAGCUUUGAGAGUCAAGGUUCGUGUCCCUCACCCAAACCUCCGCAGACGCCCUGAUGAUCGCUGGUGGCGUGGUGACAACCAACCCUGUAAAAGACCAGGUGUCUGUUUAGAGUUGCAGACAAGUUGUGUCGACUGUGAGUCUCUUGUGAGCACGUUGUAUGAAAAAUCAUUCUGACGCGUUUCUUAUAUAUGUUUCUAAAAAAAAAAAAAAAAAAAAGAAAGUUGUAUUAAAAUAGUUUGUUCAUUUGAACUCGAGUCCUUAAAGUUCUCUACAGAGCUGGUUAUGCACAGCCCUCACUGUCAUUUGAUUUGAUGAAUGUUUCUUCAUACAUCUGCUUUGAAAUUCCCCAAAAGGCUUUACAUUUACACAGACCACAUGAAUGGUAGGACUCACUGCAACAAGUCACCUAGGAUUCUCUGGCAAGCUGCAUCAACCUUUUUAAGAUUUUGAGCAACAUUGUUUUCCUCUUAACCCUAGAGCUCUGUAGUGAGGUAGCACUUCCCUUUGAAAUGGCAGGAAGUUAAAGGGCUACGCUGCUCAAUGCCAAGAAAACAUUUACUUGAUGACAAACAUUCAUUAAAUCCAGUGAGUCUCAAUCCAGGGAUUGGCUGAAGAAUGCAGGUAAUCGAGCAUCUACAAGGGCUGGGUAAAUCUCUCUUGAAAUUCUUCAGUCACAAAUGUCACCGCUGUACAAAACCAGCCGUUAAUCACCCUGCACGUAUUAGAAACGUCAACAGGACUCUCAGACCUAAAGAAAGUGUAGCAGAUAAAUGUAGCAAACUACUAAAGUCCAUCUGUGGUGACAUGGUUAACAAAACAAAAAGACAAAGUGUGAAUCCGUGCAAACGGUUUUGUAAUCAGUGUCCUCGAUUCUAGCAAAGAAGAACAAGUACGUCAAGUUAGUAUAUUUAAGGUGCGGAUUAUUGGUAGCUAACCUUGCUGUUACAACUAGGUGCUAGCUACUAAGGGAGGCCACACGAUACAAUAUUAUGACGGUACUUAAGUAAUGAUACAAACAUUAUGCGAUAUGCGACUAUUGCAAUAACAUCUAUUGCGGUAUAUUGCGACAUUUUACCUGUUUUCACUUUGAUUGCAGUAAAAUGUGUCAGCACAGCAGAUGAACUUACCAACACUCGACUAACUUCUUGCCAAUCCCGUUGACUUUAUCCAUCACUUUCUUUUGUUUUCUACCAUGUGACCCCGGAGAGGCUUAAUAGCAAACAUAUACGGAGAGAUAAACAAAACAUCUAAAUGUGUUUGAAAUACUUUAAUAACUUUAAGUAUGACAAUUUCAUAUUUAUUUUUGAACACACUAGAUCAUUUUCAGCAUAUAACUGCAAAUUGAAAUUGAAAGCAAGCAAGUAGAAAUGUGUUUCAUUUGACUCAUUUGUACUACGCCUAUAACUUUAUUAAAUAUAAUUAAAUCGUUGUUUGAACUGCAAAUGUCCCUCUAAAUAAUGCAUGUGCCAAUGAUUUGGAUAAUUAUAGCUUAAUAACCAUAACCAGGCACAGCAAGCCUGUCAAGCUUUGGUUGUUACCCUCCAAAAUAAAAAAUACAAGACCAACAAUGUAAAGAAUGGAUUAAACUGUGUUUAUCUGCUCUAACUUAAGCUGCAAACGUUAGCAUGCCUGGCUAACUAGUGUAACAGAGUAGAAACCCAUCCUUACAUCCAGCUUCAUUUAAUGAGGUUAUAGGUAAGAAAAUAAAAACAGAGAAGCCUGUUCACAAUCAGCACACCGACUGUGGAAGUUUACGUUUGUUACCUGAGACGGCAUUACAUUCACCAAACACCUUGGUUAGUCCUCUCUUUUAACGUUAAAAGUAGAAGCAUAAUCUAUCUAUCUCUGUAAACUAAGCAGCUAAACGGGGUUAUACUUGAAUGAAAUAGUAGAAUGUCAUCGUACAUUUUUCCUUAUCAUACUUAAUAGGACCAGGACUACUACUUCUACACUGAAAUACAAGAACAAAACUAUGCUGACUUUUUGCCUGGGACAUGCUUCUUUAGCCUCGGCCUUUUAACAUGAUUAUAUGUACGGUAUGUAGAGAUCAGGUUCUCGGUUUGAAACAAGGUAAAAAGUUAAGAAGUCAAAUUAUGAAGCUAACUUUAGCCUAAUCCGUUAGCUAGCUGAUUAAAUCAACAGAUGUCGUUUCAGCCGAGAAAAUUGAAGGUCGCCAGCUAGAAACAAAAGGCUGCUUUUGUCGACCUGUGACUGAAAUAAAGGGCCUAUUGUUUCGAAAAUGACAAUGUAUUUCGAUUGUUGAAUCGGCCACCAUUGUUAUCGUAAACUGCAUGAUGUGCCGUGUGAAAAAGGAAAGCUUGACAGGCGGCGCAACAGUAACGAAGGGGGGGGGGUGGAGCUUAGCUUGUACGCUUAAUUGGCCAAACAGCACCAAAACAUAACAUAGAGUAACACAGGUGGGCUGUGUUCGAAAUCGCAUACUUAUCUACUUUUCAUACAAAAUAUGAUGGAAAAAUAAUCAGAAAAUGAUGCCGAGUGACGUUUAAGUACAGUUGAGGAAAAGAAGCAUGGUAGCUCACAUAUAUAAUGUACUGUUGAAAACAUGUUUAACACCAAAAAUGAAAUAAUUUGCAUUUAUACUGAAAAAAUAUUAAAUUGAGUGGAGUUGAUGUGAUGAGCAAUUUUUAUUCAACGGUAGCUCGGACUGGUAACGUCCUGAUUGAUACAGUCGUGUGUCCCAGAGAAGACGUAUUGUACAGUGUGAACAGUAUGCUAAUUGUUAAUUUAGUGGGCAGUAUGGAGUACAUAUUGAUCAAGUAUGUAGUAUCAAUACGCAAGUAUGCAAUUUUGAACCCAAAAUUUAUUGCACAACUUUUCCUCACCAGUUACAAAUUCAGGGAAUUAUAAUCCAUAAAACAUUUGCAACUGUUACAUGCAUUUGUUUUUUUACACGAAGCCAUAUAAAAUUAUGUUCAAUGCAUCUGACUCGGAACAUUGACUCAGCUCCUCCUCAUAUGUGAGUAAUAAGAAACUAAUAAACAGCCAACCUAGCAAAUAGAAAACAAGGCUGUGUACUGUUAUCUUACUUGCACAUGGAUAUGAUGCUUUUUUUCCCCUUAAUAUUAAAAAUAAAUAUUUUUUCUUGUAGCAUGCCUUUCACCUCUUUAAAAACACACCUAUCAAGGGAAAACGUCAGAAAUUAACAUGUUAUAGUAUUCUAAUUUAAAACAUUUGUAAAUAGCAUACUUGUCAAUGGCACUGUUUGUAUUCAAACGUGAAAUUUAAGAAGUUGUCGUGAACUUAUGGAGAUAGAAACAUCACAAUAUAUUUCUAUUGUUUGGUGAUAAUUUGAACAGCUCAGACUUGUAAUUGAGUGAAAUUUAUACACGUUCUGUAAUAGUUGUGAACAAUUAAUCAAACUGGAGACCCAGUGACACCAACUCUACCUUAUUAUUCCAUGUUUAGCAGCUUAGAGCUUUGAUCUGUAAUUGUUUGCAUAUUGGUUGAUUCUAUAUCGAGCAAGAACAAGUGCAACUGCUGUCAUGACGUGUACAGUUUGUGAUAACUUUUGUAACACUUUAAAGUAAAUAUUUGGAAUAUGAUUUAUUGUAUCUGUUUCAUAUGUAUUUUAACUAAAUAAAUAAAAAAUGAAGAGUCACAGCAGGACUCUCUCUCUUUGUCUGGUAUGGCAGAAUUAUAUAUUUGAUCAGAAUUCUACUACUCCGUCAAGCGGUCAGAGCUAACGUUAUCAUGGAGCCUACACUGUCACUAACUGCACUUCCUGAAACAUUAUCUAUAUUUUGGAUAAAACAAAAAGCUAUUUUAGACA